AUGUCGCCUGAUCGAUCAAUGAGGCAUUCACUAUUCAAGGCUUUAGGUCUGGCUGUUAAGAGCACAUCAUUUGAUCCGAAACGAAUUAUGACUAUCAUGAAUAUCUUGACAGCAUUUUGCCCUUGUUAUCCGGAAUCUACCUCCCAAAAGGAAGAUAUCGCAACUUCGAUGAUCAAUGGAAUAUCAUCACCUCAGCCUGCCACAGAUCUUACUGAACGCCAAUCCCCUUCGCCUCAGCCUGCCACAGACCUUGCUGAACGCCAUUCCCCAACGCCUCCCCCUGCCAUGGAACAUACCGACCGCCACUCGCCUUCGCAACAGCCUGUCAUGGGACAUGCUGAGCGCCAGUCCCCUUCUCCUCAACGUACCAUGGAACGUCCUGAACAUCACCCGCCAGGUGACGCUCAGAUCAAUACAGGGCAGACUCAUGAUGACCACGAAUAUACAACUGCUUUGAAAGAGAAGGGAGAUGCUGAGUCCUAUUCGCCACAUUAUGACGUGACUCCACUGAGCCUAGAACCACCAAGAUGGAGUGCUGUGGUUGAAUAUAACGGAUACAGGUCUUCUGCUGAGGGAAGUACAAAAAAAGCAGCAAGGCAUUCUGCUUCCAAGGCGCUCUGGUUGCAGAUGACAGGAAGUUCGGUCAUCUUGGAGAGGAGCUUCUAG